AAAAAAGAUAAUAAAUGCAAUUUCCACAAAUCCCAAACCAAACCUCAUCAACAACAAAGCUAUCUUCUCUUCUCCACACUCUCCCCACACAACCAUGGCAAACUCCAUAAACACCAUAUUUCACACUAAAAUCUUCACCCUACUAUCUCUCCUUUUGCUAUUUUCACCUCUAGUUGCUAACUCAUACAACCCUGAUUACAACUAUGCAAUCAGUUGUGGUAACUCAGCAAACACUACUGCCUCAGACAAACGAUUUUGGGUUGGUGAUAGUAUUCUUAACUCCAAUAUCUUUUCCUUCUCUGAACCAAAAUCCUCAAACCUAUCUCUUACAACAAAACCUACUUCCCUUUCAAAUACCGAAAUUCCAUACACAUCAGCACGUGUCUCUCUCUCAAAUUUCACAUACUCAUUUUCUAGCAUCAAUACUUCUCCUGUUUUUAUUCGCCUUCAUUUUUAUCCAACUUCUUAUCAAAACUUUGAACCCUCCACCUCCAAUGCAAACUUUUCUGUCAAAAUAAACAACAACCUUACUCUUCUUGAAAACUUCAACCCUUCACUUUGGCUUCAAGAUGAUGAGGAAAAAAUCAUCAAAGAAUAUUGCAUCCAGAUCAAUCCUAACGAAAAGCUAGACAUAACUUUCAUUCCCAACAACACAAACCAAUCAAAUGUUUACUAUGCUUUCGUUAACGGGAUCGAAGUUGUGUCCAUGCCUUCUUAUCUCUAUUACACUAAUCUCAGUGACACAAACUACCGUUCAAAAUUUGUCGGGUUUGACAAUCAAGAAAACCAAAUUCUUAAAGACAAAGCUUUGGAAACGGUUUAUAGAGUCAACGUUGGUGGUAGUCAAGUUCCAUCAAGUGCUGAUACAGGCAUGUUUAGAAAUUGGGAGAAUGAUUAUCCUCUUUACUUGGAGAAACAAUAUCCACAGAGUGUAUCAAGUGAUUUCAAACAUGAUCUCAACUAUAAAGAAGGUACCAUUCCAAAUUAUACUGCACCAGAAGACGUUUACUUAACUGCAAGAAGUUAUGGAAUGGAUGCGACCGAUGAUUAUAACGUAACAUGGAAUUUUGAAGUUGAUUCUGCUUUUACUUAUACGGUAAGGUUACAUUUUUGUGAGUUUGAUGCGAAAAUAACCAAACCACGGGAUAGAGUGUUUCAGAUUUUCAUAGCAGACACUUUGGCGGAGGGAAAUGCCGAUGUGAUAGAGUGGAGUGGUGGUAACAAGAUUCCUGUUUAUAAGGAUUAUGCUGUGACUAUGUACUCUCAACAAGGAAGCACUCAAAUUGAAAGAGUUAAUCUUACAAUCAAGCUACAACGAGUACCAAAAGAUAUGUACACAAUAUACCGUGAUGUCAUAUUGAAUGGAGUUGAGAUACUGAAAAUAAGUGAUUCAAGUAACAACAAUCUUGCAGGAUUGAAUCCUAAUGUUACAUCUUCACAGAAAAAAGGAUUGCCUGGUUCACAACAAAAGCCGAAGAAGAAGUCAGCUAUAUUGAAGAUUGUUGUGGCUGUUGUUUCAUGUCUCUUGCUAGCAUUUGUUGUUGUGGGAAUAGUGGUUUUUGUAAGAAGGCGGAGAAGAUUUGAGUCUCCUCUUGAAAUGGAAGAAAGUUCAUUGAAGACAAAGAAAGAAGGCUCCUCCUCGGCUUUACCUUCCCAUCUGUGCCGCUAUUUUACAAUAGGGGAGAUAAGAGCUGCUACAAACAACUUCGAUGAUGUUUUUAUCAUCGGGGUUGGAGGAUUUGGUAAUGUGUACAAAGGCUACAUCGACGGAGCUACACCCGUUGCUAUAAAACGUUUGAAAUCGGGUUCUCAGCAAGGUGAAAACGAGUUCAUGAAUGAGAUCGAGUUGCUAUCUGAGCUUCGUCAUAUUCACUUGGUUUCUCUGAUUGGAUAUUGUAACGAUGGUGCAGAGAUGAUUCUUGUUUACGAUUUCAUGCAACGCGGUACUCUUCGUGAAUAUCUCUAUGGUUCGGAGAAUGAACCGCUUUCUUGGAAGCAAAGACUCGAGAUUCUAUUGGGUGCUGCGAGGGGGUUGCAUUAUCUUCACGCAGGUGCAAAGCACAAUAUCAUACACCGUGAUGUGAAGAGUACUAACAUAUUGAUUGAUGACAAAUGGGUGGCUAAGGUUUCUGAUUUCGGACUAUCAAAAGUAGGACCAACGGGGAUGUCGAUUACUCAUGUCAGCACUGUGGUGAAGGGUAGUAUCGGGUAUUUGGAUCCAGAGUACUACUUACGUCAAAGAUUGACUCUUAAGUCUGACGUGUACUCUUUCGGUGUGGUGCUUCUAGAGGUGUUAUGCGCGAGGCCUCCUUUAAUUCGUUCUGUAGAUAAGAAAAACGUGAGUUUGGUCGUUCGCUUCCAAAGAUGUUACAAGGAAGGUGUGAUAAUUGAAGAGAUGGUGGAUCCAUUCAUAAAGGAUUCUAUAACAGAGGAGUGUUUGAAAUGUUAUUGUCAGAUGGUGUUGAGUUGUUUGCAUGAUGAUGGGAGUCAAAGGAUGUCCAUGAGUGAUGUUGUUGGGGCUUUAGAGUUUGCAUUGCAGUUGGAGAUGAGUGAGGAAGAUAGUAAGUUUGGUGGGACUCAAGAAAAGGAAAAAAGUGAGCAAAGGAUACAAUAUCCAAAGUUUCCGAGUGACGAUGGGAGUGACAUGCGUUUCACAAGUAGUAGUGGUGAUUAUGGGUCUAAUACCAGCAAGGUAAGUACCAUUUCAGUCACUAGUGAAACUCAACCUCUGUUUUCUACUGAUGUGUUUUCUGAAGUUGGGAAUCCAAAAGCGCGUUAGAUCGUAUGGAAGUCGGGAAUCCAAAAGCUCGGUAGAUCGAUGAUAAUUAUAAAUAUCCAAAUAUUUAUAUGUAGUGUUCAAUUUCUUAGUUUAUAUUUUUGUUGUUAUAUAUGAGAUGAAUUAGGAAUGAGAAUGAUGUAAAAUCUAUGUCUCGUAAUUUAAAGAUUUUGAAAUUCAAGUAUGAGUUCAGUCCUAUAUCGAUCAGGAAUUGAGAAAAUAUUAGAUACAGAUAAAAGACCUGAAAUGUGUUAACAUUGAUUAUAUGUUUAAACAAGUUAAAAUUUAAGAUUGAUGUCCUAUUCAGU